GAAAUAAAAAUAAAUGAAAAGGAAAAGCUCCUCCACUUCUCAUUACUCUUUCUCUUUUCUCUAUCUAUCUGCCACACAUCACAUCCUCAGCAGUCUCUCAGCAAUAUUUGCAGCAUUGCAGCAGGGCAAUGCACUGCUGCUCUGCUUCUCAGUCUUUGCAGAUUAGCUAAAAAGCAAAAAUAAAAAUAUAGUGACAAGAAGAAAAUGAAUCCCCAUUUCCCCACCUCCCCAUUACUCCCAAACUUAUUUUGCUUUCUCGGAUAAUAGAAAUAGAAAUUAAAGCUUUUGAUUUGAUAUCUUAAAAAGCACAUCAAGAAAGGGAGCAAGAAAGAAAAAGAAAAGAAAAGAAAAGGGUCUCUUUCUUUUGGAGUCUUUGAUCUUUUUAAUGAGUCUUCACUCUUGACUCUCUCCUCUUUUUAGUAUUAAGCUAAUGCCAGAGUUGCACUAAUGCAGUCAUGAAAACCACCCUCUUCUCUGACCCAAGAAAGAAGAAGAAAAAACUCCUCUCUUCUUUUCUCUAUCAUACAAUACCAGUUUCCUAAAAUCUUUACUUAACCUGUUCUUGUUAGUUAGUUCAUUCUGAAGAUAAAAUGGUGGGUAUAAUAGAUCUUAAUACGACAGAGGAGGAUGAAAAAACGACACCAUCUUCUGGGUCUUUCUCUUCUCCAUCUUCUUCUUCUUCUACUUCUGCUGCUUUAAGUGCCACUAAUUUAAGUUCUGCUCCUGUUUCUGGUUCUGUUUGUUUGGAGCUGUGGCAUGCUUGUGCUGGCCCACUGAUAUCUUUGCCAAAGAAAGGGAGUGUGGUUGUCUACUUCCCUCAAGGCCACUUGGAGCAACUCCCUGAUUUGCCUCUUGCUGUUUAUGAUCUCCCUUCUUAUAUCUUUUGUAGAGUUGUUGAUGUUAAGCUCCAUGCAGAGACAGCCAAUGAUGAAGUUUAUGCUCAAGUUUCUCUGGUUCCUGAUAGUGAGCAAAUUGAGCAAAAGCUGAAGCAAGGGAAACUUGAAGGGCAUUGUGAAGAGGAGGAUGUGGAAGCAGUUGUGAAGUCAACAACAACCCACAUGUUUUGCAAAACACUUACUGCUUCUGAUACUAGCACUCAUGGAGGCUUUUCUGUCCCACGCCGAGCUGCUGAAGACUGCUUCCCUCCCUUGGAUUACAGUCAACAGAGACCUUCACAAGAGCUUGUAGCCAAGGAUCUGCAUGGUUUUGAGUGGAAGUUUCGACAUAUCUACCGAGGGCAACCACGGAGGCAUUUGCUCACUACAGGAUGGAGUGCUUUUGUAAAUAAGAAGAAGCUUGUUUCUGGAGAUGCUGUUCUCUUUCUCAGGGGUGAUGAUGGAGAACUGAGAUUGGGAAUUCGAAGAGCUGCACAAGUUAAAUGUGGUGCUAGUUUUCCAGCUCUAUGUAGUCAGCAAUUGAAUCAGAGCACUCUGACAGAUGUCGUUCAUGCUAUGUCUAUGAGAAGUCUUUUCAACAUUUGCUAUAACCCAAGAGCCAGCUCAUCAGAGUUCAUUAUCCCUUUACAUAAAUUUUUGAAGAGUCUGGAUUAUUCUUUUUCUGUUGGAAUGAGGUUCAAAAUGCGUUUUGAGACAGAAGAUGCAGCAGAAAGAAGAUAUAUGGGAUUGAUAACAGGAAUCAGCGACCUAGAUCCUGCUAGAUGGCCUGGUUCAAAAUGGAGAUGCCUUGUGGUAAGGUGGGAUGAUAUGGAGACUAACAGGCAUAGCAGGGUUUCUCCUUGGGAAAUUGAGCCAUCUGGUUCUGUUUCCAGUUGCAAUAGUUUUAUGACACCUGGUCUGAAGAGGAGCAGGUCCGGAUUUCCUUCCUCAAAGCCAGAAUUUCCAGUUCCUGAUGGGAUUGGUGCAUCAGACUUUGGGGAACCUUCAAGGUUCCAGAAGGUCUUGCAAGGUCAAGAAAUUUUGAAUUUUAACACUCUUUAUGAUGGUGUUGAUCAGAAUCGGCAUCCGUCUGACAUAAGGAGGUGUUUUCCUGGCUCACGCAGUUCUAUGAUUGCUACAACAAGAAAUGGUGCCAGAGACCCAGUUGUGAACUCUGACGUUUCCUAUAAAAGCAUAGGCUUUAGUGAAUCUCUUAGAUUCCACAAGGUCUUGCAAGGUCAAGAAAUAAUUCCAAGUUCUCCUUUUGGAAGAGCCCCAGCAAGUACUAAUGAGGCUUGUGAAAAUGGUUGCUUUGGAAUCUCUGAUGGUGUUCAAAUGACAAGCUCAAGAAAUGGAUGGUCUUCGAUGAUGCAGGGUUACAAUACUCGUAUUCGUCCACCUGCACAGGUAUCUUCUCCGUGUUCUGUGUUAAUGUUCCAGCAAGCAAGCAAUCAAGUUUCGAACCCAAGUCCCAGGUAUGGUUUUAACGAUCUGGAGGAGCAGGGAGUUAACACCCAAAGCUGGUUUCAUAAUCCUGAAACAUGUGGUGAAAAGCGCAUGUCUUCCUCACGUUCAGAGCAUAUUUUCAGAAGGAACAAUCAGUGGGGAAUGGACUCUUUUAGUCUGUCUCAUGAGCAUAGCCAACAUGGCCUUUUACAGCCUUUAGUAGCUCAACCACCAUGUAAGGGUGGCCAAGAUUUGGUGUCCUCGUGUAAAAGCAGCUGCAGACUUUUUGGCUUCCAGUUGACAGAGGAUAGACAUGUUGCUAACAAGGAUGACAGCUCUAUUCCUAUGGCAUCUCUGAAUGCUGGAUCUUUUAUGCCUCAUGCUGGAGAGCAGUUCCAUCUGAAGCCUCCAGCAAUAACUAAUGCAGUUGGGAGCAGUUGUACUAAAGGAAUUCUGCAACAGAAUCCUGAAAAUUAUCAUAUAUACUAACGAUGAUGUAGUAUUGGCACCUGAGGCAGAAGAAGGCCUACAGUUGCUUGGAUGAUGCAACAUUAGCUUUUGAGAAGAAAAAAAAAUGUAAUUAUUUUUCUAAGGUAACAUUGGUUGUCUUCUAACUCCCUUGGAUAUGAAAAAGAGCAGGUUGUACUAAUCUAUUAGUAUUAGGUUCUUAGUCAUGGACUAUUGCUGAAGAACUUGUGUAUUUGUGCUUGCUGGUUCAGGCCUGGAUGGAAUUGUUAUUUUGGCUGAUGAUUUACCCCCACUAGUUACCAAGCUCAUAGUAUCUUCUGUUCAAUACUAGCCUGCUGAUGCUGAAUUA